GAGUCGCGCUGAGACUUGCCUAUGCUGAGCCGCGUGGCGCUCGAGGGCGAGAAAAAGCAGUGCGUAGAUAUGUAGAUUCAUACUGGGAACGAUGAGGAGAAGGAGAACGUCGACGGCCGUCGACAUACCGUGCGGUAACCACGCAGGGUCUUCUCUCUCUCUCUUUUUCUUUUCCCUUUUUUCUUUUUCUCUUUUCCCUUCGUCUACGUCUCCACCACCCUCCUUUUCUCGCCCUGUAUGCGGUUUCGUCCGUCUCUUUUCUUUUUCUCCUCUUCCCGUCUUCUUCUCGAAGGAGAGAACAACACUCUUACUGUUCUCUAGGACUGCGCUGCAUGGCUAUUGGCGACGGAAGAGUCGAGCGGGAUGGAAUCGGGAUGCGACGAAGAUCACAGAGAGAGGAGAAUCCCACCCUGACCAAGACAAGGAGCCGUCGACGACCUAUCGUCUAUGUCUUGUCGAAGCUCUCGGCUGGCUUCUAGAAGACGCAUGUUCUCGAAGAAACCCGCCGAGGGUGCUAGAGUGCCCGCCUCAAGUUACGGAAGAGCGUCGUCACCCACUCUUGGCCUCACGAGGGGAGAAAAAAGAAGAAGGCAAAGGAACACCGGGAACAGCGCGAUGCCUUCCGGAUUUGGGAAGUGCCAUUUUCGAGUUGCGAGAUUGCGUACGGCUACGGUAUGCCUCGCAGAGGAAGAGCUAUUUCUCGAGAGGAGCCCAAGAGGACGGCAACAUAACAACGUCCGGGAAUGCGAGUCUGCCCUGUUCUCGAAGCUGGGACGAGAGAUUCCGGCUCGACUUCUAACUCGUCGCGGCUGGCAGUGCCCCUUUUCCUCCCACCCUUCCCCGGACGAUAAGUCGCGCUACCAUAUCACCCGGCUUGUCGGAGGACCCUGAAUUCCCUUUCUCUCUCUCCAUAUACCGACGUCCAUCACACCUUGACGAGAAACCCUGCUGCAGAUCCGCUGAACAC